AUGGAGAGAUAUUUUUCUAAAGUAUCUUCCAAUCUUCCAAAAUUAAGUUCAACAUCUCAAAAUCCUUCUAACUUAAGAGAAGGCGGCGUCAAUGAAUUGCAACGAGGCCGACAAAGUGAAAAUGUUGAUUUAAAUUCCUUAGAAUUGGAUCCUGGGGAAAGAUUAGCAAUUCGAAAAUAUCAUCCAAAUGAUCGUGAUGCAAUAAGAAGAGUUGUAACAAAAGAUGCAGCAUUCUGCUUCUAUUGUUAUUUGUUUCAAGAUGAAUGCAUUAAUCAAGGGGGAGGAGAUGUAUUUUCAACCAUAGGGUUUACAAGUUGGAAUAAGAAGCACAGUCUUAAUGAGCAUGUAGGUAAACCAAAUAGUGUUCAUAAUCAAUCAAGACAGAAUUGUGAAGAUUUGUUGAGACAAAAACAAUCCAUUCAAAGUGUAUUUACUAAACCAACUGAUCAACAAAAGUUAGACUAUUGUACUCGUUUGGAAGCUGCAAUUAAUGUGCUAAGAUAUCUUUUGAAGCAACGAUUGUCAUUCCGGGGCCAUCGUGAAGAUAUAUCAUCUUUUAAUAGAGGUAAUUAUAUUGAACUUCUUACAUGGUAUGCAAAACUAUGUGAUAAUAUUGGCGGUUCAUUUAAAAAAGCUCCAAAGAAUAAUCAAUUAACUUCUCCACACAUUCAGAAGGAUAUUAUCAGUGCAUUUGAUGAAUCUCGCGAUGUGUCAUGUAAGGAACAAAUGGCUAUUGUUUUGUGGUACGUUGAUAGAAGGGGAAGUGUGAUGGAGCGAUUUAUUGGUAUUGUUCAUGUUCGUGAUACUACUGCUUUGUCUCUAAAGAAAGGAAUUGUUGGUUUACUUUCUCAACAUUCUUUAAGUUCAUCUUAUAUACGUGGACAAUGUUAUGAUAGAGCAAGUAAUAUGCAAGGUGAUGUAAAUGGGUUGAAAAUCUUGAUGCAACAAGAAAGUAAAGGUGCUCAUUCUAUUCAUUGUUUUGCUCAUCAACUUCAAUUAACUCUUGUUGCGAUUAGAAAAUGUGAUGAAGUGAAAGAACUUUUAUUGUUGGUUUCUGAUAUAUUAAAUAUGGUGGGAGCUUCUUUCAAGCGUAGAGAUGAACUUCGUGAAGCCUAA